AUGUGGCGGGGCGCGGCCGCGGCGCUGCUGGGCCUGGCCGCCGCCUGCCUCCUGCGCCGCGGGUUCGAGCCCCGCGCCCGCCUGCUCAGCGCCGCCGAGCUGCGCCGAUACCGGGGGGCGCCGGGCGAGCCCGGGCUCUACCUCGCCCUGCUGGGACGGGUCUUCGAUGUGGAGCGGGGCCGCAAGCACUAUGGGCCCGGCGGCGCGUACAGCGGGUUCGCAGGCAGAGAUGCCACCCGAGCGUUUGCCAGCGGCGAUUUCAGCCCGGCGGGGCUGGUGGACACCGUGUCGGGGCUGUCCCCCGCGGAGCUGCUCUCCAUCCACAGCUGGCUGAGCUUCUACAGCGACAACUACGAGCCCGUGGGGAAGCUGGUGGGCAGAUUCUAUGAUGAAAAUGGGGCACCGACAGAAGCCCUGAGGGAGGUGGAGGCUGCCAUUGAGGAAGCUCUCAAACUGCAAGCAGAAAGUGAUCAGGAGCAGCAGCAAUUCCCACCCUGCAACUCUGAAUGGAGCUCUGCUAAAGGCACUCGGUUCUGGUGCUCCAGAGAGAGCGGGGGCGUGCCCAGAGCCUGGGCCGGGGUCCCGCGGAGGCUGCACCGCCCCGGCUCGCAGGGCACUCCCUGCGUGUGUGUCAGGAGCUCGGGGCCGCCCUGGGGCCAGCCUGGCUCCUCCCAGCACCGCGACAGAGGCGACCUGGAUGACCCUCGGCUGCAGCAGUACGAGGGCUGCCAUCCCCUGGCCGAGCAGUGCGUGCUCCCCACGGGCUGAGCCAGGCAGGGAGAGAGCCCUGCACUGAAACCUUGCACCGGGGAUGGGCAGCUCCAGCUCCAGCCCUUCCACCUGGCCCUGCAAAGGGAGCAGGAACAAUCUCAUGGGAUUCGUGAUGCUUUUUAACAUGUGGAGAUGGAGGAAACAUUUCAGCCAGCUCAGUGGCUAAAAAAUCAAGUAACGGGAUGAUUUCUUUAUUUCUAUGGGAAAUAUUUUUGCACCUGUGAACAAACUGUAAGAUGCACAGCCUGAAUUGUGCUUUAGAACUGCUCCUUGUGCACUCAGGGACUGGAUGUUUGUGCGCAGUGAUGGGACAGUGUGCUGUGGUUUAAGGCAAUGAAAUCAGUGAGCACAGAACUGCUGCAGCAUCACUGCCACAGGUCCUGCUGCAGGCAAUGCUGAUGCUCCUUCCCAGGCACCUGACUCACUCCCAGGAGUUGAAAGGUAGCAGGGAGAACCCUGAAUUUCUUCUGCAAUUAAGGUCCACAGUAUCAGGAACUUGCACAGUUUAGUUACACACAAGCUUUAUCAAAUUCUUGGAGAAGGCAAAGGCCAGAGCUGCAUUUCCUCACUGUGUUUGCAUUAGAUACUGUGCCAGGAUAUUGAAGCCACCUGUGAGAAUUGUUUGAUAUUAACCUCACUGUCCUGGCCUGUGAUUCACCACUUUCAAACUGUUCUGAUCAGGAAGGAGUAGUUUAAAAUAGCUUUCUUUUGGUUGCCUGGGUGGCAACAGAACCAUCCUACUGUAAUCUGCCUCCUGUUUCCAUUCUGGUAUAAAACUUCCUCCCAUCUGGUCUGUGCCUAUCAGACUAUAACCUGAGCUGGAUGUGCCCUUACAAGACCCAGCACUCUUAAAAUCCAUAUUUAUUGUGUCACAGCUGGCAGAAUUCAGCAAUGUGAGUGACUCCCAGAAAUGCAGGGCAGGUCAUUACCCUCUCUGGGUGAGGCUAAAAGGGACGAAGCAAUACCUGCACUACAAACCUCAAGCUGCAGGGAAGCAUUUGCUGGUUUUAGUGGAAUCUGCUGUUAAAAUCAGUUUUGGUGGAGCUGAGCUUUGAGAGAGACAUGCAGAUCAGGGUCCAGUGGUGGCACAGGUUGUGGUCAGUUCUUCUUAAGGCAGCUGCCACCUGUGUGUAAGCAGCUGAAAAGUGUUUAUAAACUGAUUUUUAGCUACCACCACCUCUGAAGAGAGGCCCAAAAUGUAAAUGAUGAGUUAAUACAGGAGGCACCAUUCACUCCCCUGCAGCAGGACACAUUACAGCACUUCCCACUGAUAAAACUCCGAGGAUGCUCCAGCUGCCAGGGAUGGAGCCACACAAACUUCAACCUGCACAUGCUUGGAACAGGGUGGGGCAGGGGGGUUGUGUUUUAUUGUUGGGGUUUUUUUUACCUAUCUUCAUCCUGAAGAGAAGCCCCUGCAGACAUUGCCCUGCUGUGCCAGCUUGUGGCACUCAGGGGGGAGCAGGAUGUGUGGCAGAACCAAACCUCAGCCCUGGGCUUGAGCCAUCUCUGGGGGUGGAGUGAGAAAUGAAAACUCAUUUCACACAGUGCUGAAGAUUAAGCUGUGUAAAAGUUGCAGCAGAGAGCUGCAAAGCAGCACUUCACUGCCUCCACAGCUUUGGCCUUUGCCACAUUUAAAAAGACACCACCACUUUAAAAAGAAAUUGCAUUUAAAGUAGUGAAACCAUCCCUGCAAAUGAUUGGCAAGUAACUUUAAAAGAGCUUUUUAAAGCCAUUUAAAAGUCGCAGCAAAUUCCAGACUAUUAAAUGC